AUCCAAUCCAUUCCGUGGAGUCGUAGCCCAUAUGGCCCCAUUCAAUGACUUGCAGGGCCAUGUUUCGCCGCAUCCGCAGCCAUUCGACCUCCGUCAUGGAACGCUCAGAAAGUGAGAAACACGUUUUUGUGGCGGAAUGGGAUGAGGAAGGCGUUUUCUUCUACCAGGCCUUCAACAAGCAAAUUGCCAACUGGGCUGUGAAAGAGCAGCGAUUUGGUGGUCCCCAUUUCAAACCUGACCGAAUGACUUGGAUCAAACCAUCUCUGGCAUGGGUCCUCUACCGUGCUGGUUAUGGAUUCAAAGAUGCCAACCAGGAACGCAUUUUGAAGAUCAAGGUGCCCCACACAGCAGUGGCCGAAAUUCUCAGUCACUGUAGCUGCGGACAUGGAGGUGGUGGCACGGUGGGUCGGGUGCAAUGGGACCCGGCUCGUUGCUUGCUGGUUGGCAGGGCUGGGGAACCAGCCAAGCAUCCGGAACAGCGAGCCAUUCAAAUUGGUAUGAAGGACGACCUGUCGCGUUUCUACGUGCAGAGCGCCGUCUCCAUUGAGGACGUUACAUCUGUGGCACAUUGCAUCGCAAAGGCGCAUAAAGAAGCUCGGGAGAUUGGGGAGAUGGAUGUGGCACUGCCAAUGGAGAGACCCUACUUUCCCAGGUGCACUGAAGAGGUGUACUCCCGCCUCCAGCUUUGUCAGCAAUACACCGCGCCGCCAAGUUGUGGUUGUUUCGUUUGUACAGACUCGGGAUGUGGAGAACAGGAAGUCUCACCUGUCGUGCAACCCGUCCCCUGACACCCAAGCCAGAUGUCUGAACCAGAUUGAGCUGAAGCCUUUCUUUUGGGCGUUGGCCUAGUCUGUUGUACAGAUCAGAAAAAAAGGGCGAGUAUGGCUGCCAUGCUUGAUCUGAACAUGAUCUAAAGAGCCUAAAUGGUUGGCCAUUGUUCAUCUCCAGGAAUUGCC